UUAAACAGUCAAAGAUUCGAGACACGUCGGCAAAUAACCGAAUAUAAUUAAUUUUAAUGGAUUUGAAUGUGGAUAGUAGUAUUGUAUGAAAAUCAUUUAAUGGAAUUAUUAACUAACAUCGAAAAAUGCGUUUUGCUUCGUGGCGUCGUGGGCGAUUUUUUCGCAUAGCCCUCGCGUCGUUGAUAGUUGUACCACUUUUUUACAUUUUAUUGACAUGGACAAUACAGAAAGAAAGAAAAUCUAUAUGGCCGUCAGCUUUUAAAAGUACUAGUAAUAAUAAAAAUCGGCCUCAACUGGUCGAAGGAUUGGGUAAUUUCGAACCGAAGAAUGCACUGAUAAGAGAAGGACCAGGUGAAGGUGGUAAGCCCCAUAACCUGAGGGAGGAUCAACAAAAUGAUGUAGCUGAAUCAGAAUCACAGUAUGGGAUGAAUAUGGUAUGUUCAGAUGAAAUUUCUUUAGAUCGUACUAUUAAAGAUACACGACUUGAAGAAUGUAAACAUUGGAACUACCCAACAGAGUUGCCUAAAACUAGUGUAAUUAUAGUGUUCCAUAAUGAAGGGUGGUCUGUUCUUUUGCGAACUGUACAUUCAGUUAUUAAUAGAAGUCCUGAUUAUCUUCUUCAUGAAAUAUUGUUAGUUGAUGACUUCUCUGAUAAAGAGCACCUAGGUGUCAGAUUGGAAAAUUAUAUUAAACAGUGGAAAGGACUAGUUCGAUUAAUUAGAAAUCAUCAGCGUGAAGGUUUAAUUCGAACUCGAUCUCGUGGUGCUGAAGAAGCAACAGGAGAGGUUAUAAUAUUUUUAGAUGCGCACUGUGAGGUGAACACUAAUUGGUUGCCACCACUUUUAGCACCCAUUCACAGAGAUAGCACUAUUAUGACAGUCCCGGUUAUUGAUGGCAUUGAUCAUAAAACAUUUGAAUAUCGACCUGUUUAUGGUGAUGGCCAUCAUUUCCGGGGUAUUUUUGAGUGGGGAAUGUUGUAUAAGGAAAAUGAGGUUCCAUAUCGUGAAACUAAGACCAGAGCACAUAACAGUGAGCCUUAUAAAAGCCCUACACAUGCAGGUGGCCUAUUUGCAAUAAAUCGUGAAUAUUUUUUGCAAAUUGGGGCUUAUGACCCAGGCUUACUGGUUUGGGGAGGAGAAAAUUUUGAAUUAAGUUUCAAGAUUUGGCAAUGUGGUGGAAGUAUCGAAUGGGUACCUUGCUCGAAGGUGGGUCAUGUUUAUAGAGGUUUUAUGCCAUACAAUUUUGGUAAACUAGCAAAAACUAAAAAAGGACCACUUAUUACAAUUAAUUAUAAAAGAGUUAUUGAAACCUGGUUUGAUGAAAAACAUAAAGAGUUCUUUUAUACUAGGGAACCAUUGGCAAGAUUUUUAGACAUGGGUGAUAUAUCAGCACAAGUCGAACUCAAAAAUAAGUUACAAUGCAAAGAUUUCCAAUGGUAUAUGGAUAAUGUAGCAUAUGAUGUUUUAGAUAAAUUUCCAGAGCUGCCUGGGAAUGUACAUUGGGGCGAAUUAAGAUCGCGUGCAAAUGGUAACUGUUUAGAUACUUUAGGUCAUUCUCCUCCUUCACUGAUGGCAACUCAGCAUUGCCAUGGUUUUGGAAACAACCAAUUAAUUCGAUUAAAUGCUGCUGGUCAACUGGGGGUAGGAGAACGAUGUAUUGAAGCUGAUACACAGGGAAUUAAAUUAGCAUUUUGUCGUUUGGGUACAGUUGAUGGACCUUGGCAAUAUGAUGAAUCUAGCAAUACUUUAACUCAUCGAAUACAUAAAAAGUGCAUGGCAAUGCACCCACAAACAAUGCAAUUAUCUCUAAUGCCAUGUGAUGUAAAUAAUUUGUAUCAUCAAUGGAUCUUUAAACCACUACAUCCAAAAUGGAAAUGAGUUUUAAAUGUUAAUGUACGUAAGAAUAUACAGCUAAAAGAACAGUAUUGAAAGAGAUUAGUUAGAAAUGAUACGUAUGAAUCUGCAUUUAAAGAGUUUUAAUAUAAUGGAUAAAUAGAACAUAAUAAUAUUUAGGAUUUCAAUAAGAUUUUAGUAAUUAUUUAUAUGGAAGAUGAUUUUAAAUGUGCAAAAAUGCAGUUGCCGAAAUUUAUAUUUAUAUUAAAUCUAGGCAUGAUUUUUACAUGAGUUCCUUUUAUAGAGAAAAAUCUUUAUUACACAAGAUUGGGAUUUUUUUUUGGAAUUGUUUGUACUAAAUUAUAUUUUGCCUUGAGAUGAGAUUAAGAGCCCGAUUAUUAGUAU